CUAAAUCUUCCAUUUGAGUGGGACGACACCAGUUACACAAACACAGGCCAAUAUACAACAAUGAUCAAGGAACUGUCUGCUCUGAUUCUCCUAACCACAUUAUCUCUACAUCAGACUGCAGAGGUUCCUCAGCAGAUCCCUUUGAUUGUGGCUAACCUCGGUGAUAACAUCAAUCUGACAUGUUCUGUUUCUGGGACAGAAGCCUGGUUGUUUUUCUGGUACAAGCUGAAAUUUGGAUACAUGGUCCAAACACUUGCUAAAGGAGCUUCUGCAGAUAUAAAGCUUCAAGCACAAUUUGACGACCCGAGAUUCACAGUCAGGAAAGUGGAUGAUCUGUAUACUCUUACCAUAAGAAAUAUAAGAAAAGAGGAUGAAGCAACAUACUUCUGUCAAGCAGGAGAGCCAUAUGUGCCUACUUUUGUUAAUGGCACAAUUUUGGCUUUGAAAGAUCAUAAAAAUCAGCAGAAACACAUCUAUGUCAAACAAAGUCCGGAGACUGCGUCAGUCCAGCCGGGAAACUCGACGACUCUCCAGUGUUCACUUCUCUCCACGAACAAAGAAAACCUGGUCCAGUGUCCAGGUGAACACAGGGUGCACUGGUUCAGAGCCGGAUCAGGACGCUCCCAUCCCAGCUUCAUUUACACUCAGAGCAGCAGGAGAGAUGAACAAGAGGAGAAGAGCUGCGUCUACAGUCUGUCCAAAACUAUACACAACUCCUCAGAUGCUGGGACUUACUACUGCGCUGUGGUCACAUGUGGAGAGAUCCUGUUUGGUGGAGGAACCAAAGUGGAGAUGAGACAAGAACAACUUCCAUUGGUCAUUGUGCUUGGGACACUGAUGCUCUCCUGCAUCUUUGUGAUGGUUGCUCUAUUUCUCCUCAGAUAGAAAAAGACCGUUUGUGAACAUUGCAGAGGUAGGUUUAUUUUGUGCACAUGGAUUGUUAAGUAAGUUUCCCAAACCUUAGCUAAGUGGUGUAAGUGCCUAAAAGUAGGGAUGCACCGAUAUGGAAAUUCUUGGCCGAUACCGAUACCGAUAUUUAAAAUAACAAUCUGGCCGAUAGCCGAUACCGAUAUUUGUUUAUUUUCUUUUUGUUGUUAUUUAUUCACCCUUUUGUGUCAGAAAAAUAAUUAAAUCAUCAUUUAGAAAGCACUAUUUAAAAAAAUGUCAGCCCUUCAUCACUCUUAUCUUUUAAUGAGCACAGAUUGAAUCAGAUUUAUGAAACAAUCUUUGAUUUAACUAAACUUUAUUUAACAGAGACAUAUUAUGCCCAUUUUACCACAAGUUGAAAUGGUUCCUUGGGAUCUUAAUGAAAUGUCUGUAACAUAUUUUGGUCAAAAUACCACAAGGGUAAUUUAAAACAGCACCUUUUUACCCUGUCUAAAACAGCCCUGUUAAAGUAUCAUUAUAGAGAACGCUCUUCUCAUUGAUUUACGGUAGCAGUAUUGCCCGUUUAUUAGAUGUGUUACGGCUUCUGUGUGUAUGACGUAUGUUGUCAAUUCCCUUGUUACCUGUGCAUGAGACGGAUGAAUAGAGCCGAUGCACAUGAGAAUAAAGUAUUUAAAUAAGUACAGACGCUACGCUCAUACUUUUUACGUCAAGUUACACUGCGUGAGUCAAGAUAACUUAACAAGCCCUCCUCAGUUUUACCUGUUUUUAGUGUCGGGCAGAAAUCACAUCGCGUCAACACCCACCGUGGCCCUUCGCGAUGCUUGUUUUAAUUAAACAGUCGGAUUCCCCUGGUCCGCACCA